AUGGCCAGCAAGAUCUCACUCCCAGACUCAAGAACGUUAUCAUACGUUCUCGAUGAAACUCCCAAGGACGGGCCCAUUGUCCUGCUUUCAAACUCGUUAUGCGCUCCUUUUGGCGCCUGGGAUCACUUCGUUAAGAUACUCAAUAGCAAUGGGUUCCGAACACUGCGGUAUGAUCAAGUAGGGCACGGUCAAUCUUCAUCUCCCCCAGAAUUAAACACGACAUUUGACUCCAUGGCCGCCGACGUCUAUGCUCUUCUUCAGGCCUUGAACAUUCCAAGUUUACACGGCUGGGUUGGCGUAUCAAUGGGCGCGGCAAAGGGGGUAUUCUUCGUUUCUAAAUAUCCGAAAAUAAUUCGCAAACUCGUCAUUUGCGACACCAUUUCAGCUUCCCCUGUCAAUCUUGGUGGUGCCGAUGUUUUUGGUCCAAGAGUUGCAGCCGCUAGAGAAGCUGGCCAUCUAGAAGACGCUGUUCGGUCAACCCUGGAUCGCUGGUUUGGCAAGACCUGGGUCGAGGAAAAUCCCAAGGAGGCCGAUCGGGUGAGAAAUGUCAUGAGAGGCACUACACUUGAUGGUUUUGAGGCUUGCUGUCACGCUUUGAGAAGCUCGAGCUUUGACUUGCGGCCAAUCCUGAAAGACGUUGGUUCCUCAGUUGAAGAUGCCCUUUGUGUGGUUGGAGAGAAGGAUGCGAACCUACCUCAGACUAUGGAUGAGAUGAGGGAAGAGAUAGAGGUAGGGUUCAGGGCGUCCGGAAAGGACAACAUCAUCCGUCUCGAGGUGAUAAAGAAUGCUGGACACGUUUGCUUCAUCGAUGGACUUGAACAAUUCUCAGAGAUUGUCGUGCCUUGGUUGAACAAAAAUUAG